GGGCGAGCGCGUGACGCCCGCGCCCCGCCUCCCGCUGCCGUUUCUCCUGCUCCCGGCGCCGCCGCCGCGUCGGCCCAGCGCGGGCUGGCGGCGCAGCUGCAGCCAUGGAGCCGGAGCGCGAGUGUCGGGUGCUGUCCAUCCAGAGCCACGUCGUGCGCGGCUACGUGGGCAACAAGGCGGCCACCUUUCCCCUGCAGGUUUUGGGAUUCGAAGUUGACACAGUGAACUCUGUCCAGUUUUCAAACCACACAGGUUAUGCCCACUGGAAGGGUCAAGUGUUAAAUUCUGAUGAACUUCAUGAACUGUAUGAAGGACUUAAGCUCAACAAGGUCAACCAAUAUGAUUAUGUACUCACAGGAUAUACAAGGGACACAUCGUUUCUUGCAAUGGUGGUGGAUAUCGUCCAAGAGUUGAAGCAACAGAAUUCUAACCUAGUAUAUGUGUGUGAUCCAGUGAUGGGAGACAAAUGGAAUGGAGAAGGCUCCAUGUAUGUGCCUAAGGAUCUCCUCCCAGUCUAUAGGGACAAAGUUGUACCCGUUGCUGAUAUCAUUACUCCUAACCAGUUUGAGGCUGAGUUACUUACUGGGAGGAAGAUUUACACCGAAAAAGAUGCUUUAGAGGUAAUGGAUAUGCUCCAUGCCAUGGGACCAGAGACUGUGGUGAUAACCAGCUCAGAUCUACAGGCACCGCUAGGAAACGACUACCUGAUUGCUCUGGGAAGCUACAGGAAAACUAAUGCAGAUGGUACCAAGAUAACGCAGAGAAUUCGAAUGGAAUCUCCUAAAGUGGAUGCUGCCUUUGUUGGAACGGGAGACUUGUUUGCUGCUAUGCUUUUGGCAUGGACACAUAAACAUCCAAACAAUCUGAAGGUGGCAUGUGAAAAGACUGUGUCAGCCAUGCAACAUGUUCUGCAAAGGACCAUUAAGAGUGCAAAAGCACAAGCUGGAGAAGGAAACAAACCAAACUCAGCCAAUCUGGAACUGAGAAUGGUCCAAAGCAAAAAGGACAUAGAAAACCCAGAGAUCAUAGUGAAAGCUACUGUGUUAUAAAGGCUGUAUGUCUCCAAUAACGCACAAUGUAUUGAUGUCCUCAUUUCUUUCCUGUAAAUUGUAAUAUUUGCCUUAGAUCUGUGACAGAAACCUAACUUUCAUGAAAUAGUGCCCAGCAUAGGCAGAUAUCCACUCUCAAACAUGUGUGCUGGCCUUGCUCAGUUUUAAAAACAAAACAGAGUCAGUAUGCAUUAAAGCAUAUUACCAGGUAUCAAAAUGGCUGUCAAAUUCACUUUAUGUGUGUAAUUUCCCAGGGCAAGAGAGUACAAUGUUCCUGCCUUGCCAAAGACUUCAGAUGUGAAUUUGCUAAUGGAAUGCUUGACUGACUGGAGAAUAUAUUUCAAGAUGGCAUCUAGUGCCAAUGGAGCUUGCUACAAGCUCCCUUUUCCUGGAGAGAUACGGUUACCUAGUCUGAUAUUCAGUAUCUCAGCUGCUACGAAACUAAGCAGGGUUAAAACCACACACAAAGCUCUGGAUGUUUGUAGAAGUACUUUGAAGAUGUUUGGCAUUUAAGUACUCUGAAGUGACCUUGAGGUGUCUGUCAUUAAUGUUACUGAUAACUGCUCCUGUUUCUUGUCUUAUGAACAGCUGUACAUUUUCAGUUUCUGCAGGUACUGGCUGCUAAUUUCUAAUGUCCACAGGUGCCCUCAUGUUUUUCUUCCAAAACUCUGCUUCAGAAACACCUUCAUUAAUAAGAGAAUACAUUCAUUCAGUAGCACUGACUAUGAGUUUGUAGAUUUACCUCUGAGACCAGGCUUGACACUUCCUUUGUUGUUUUUUUUUUAACUAAGGACAAAAGGGAAAGCAGCUCCUACUCUGAAGCCUGACAGCAAUCAUUUUUAUUCUUCAUGGAUGUAUUUACACUGUGUAGAGCACUUCCACUUAGCAAUAGUGAGCGUUAUUGGCAGCUUAUCAAUGAAGCAAUGUGGUAACAGUAAUACACGUGGAUUAGGAAAUUGCAUAUGUUUACCAAAUUCAGGACAACAUACAACAUUUGCUCAUAAUGUAAUCCUCUGCAACUGACUCUGAGCAGAGAUCACAGAAAUGUGUUAUUAUUUAUCUCUUAAACAUUUUUAAUUUCAAAAUUUAGCUUCAUUAGCCUUCAAAGUGGAAUUUUUACUAAUUUCAGUGUCCUGUGUAUCAGAGCCACAUAUUAUGCCAGUAGGGAGAUUGGCUGACAAGUACUGAGCACUCAUAAUUCCUGUUGAUUUCUCUGUGGGACUGAAGCUCUUGCUCUCCCAAGGGGAGAGCUAGUGUGUUUUUUAGGUCCAAAUUCAGUCAAUAUUUUUCCUUAAAUGUCAUAGGCAGAUAAAAAUUUCACUUCUGCUUGAAGCAGAUUUCUUCAUGAAGCAAAUCUGUAUUAGGGGAAGGGGCAGGUCUGGGCUCUUCUUGAUGAUGUGAGUAUGCCCAGGAAACUCACUGUUGGAUGUCUGGCAGAUACUUUUCCUGCACGUUCCUCAUCACAGCUGCUUAACUGAUUGUCACCUACAUAAUGUGGGAGUCCCCAGCAGAGCUGGUCGGGACAUUGCUUUUUCCACUGCAGACUUCAUUUAUCCCACCAUUUUGUGGAUUUUCUGCCGCUGUAAAAGCUGAUUGGUUUCACUUAGUAGAAGAGUAAUUUAUUCUUAAAGUUACUUUUAAUUGAAGAGAUUUUUUUUUUUAGUAUAGUAAGAUUUCAUAAUUAAUGUACCUCUGAAAUCCCUCAUUUUCAGUAUCUCUAAAGCAAAUGAAAUUUAAGAGAUGAACACACUUUGCAGUAUAUGUAAGAGGCAAAAUCCAGGUUUUAACUCUCCACAACUAAUAGUUCUGUUUUCUCUCAUACAUCUGACGUUAAAAAUUAAGAAAGAAAAGAGAUGAGAAUUUUAAGACAAAAAGAAAACACACCGAAGUGAACUACAAAAUGUGACUCUGCUGCCAUGGUUUGUAGUAACCACUGCCAUGAAAUAACUUCCUAGCAAUAAUAAUUUUGGUGAUAUGAACAGUCACUAAAAUUAGCAGUCAGUAAUGGAGAUGAAUUCAUGGCAGAUGUCUAGCACGUAGGAAGACAUGAACUGUCUUACCAUUGUGUGCAGAUCUGAUGGGAAGGAGUGAAGAAGAGGGAGCCAUGCUCUUCUCAGUGGUGUCUGGUGGGAAGAUGAGAGGCAGUGGGCAUAAAUUGAAAUACAGGAAAUUCUGCUGAAACGCUAAAGAAAAAACAACAGCAACAAAAGACUAUGAAUGUGAAUGAACGCUGAAGCAACAGUGUUCAUUGCACACAACCCCUUUCCCAGAGAGGUUGUGGAGUCACCAUCCUUGAGCGAUAUUCAAGUAUUGAGAUUCUGAAGCUCUUCACAGCAGAGGAUCAGCAGUAGGGAAAAGCUCCAAACUGACCUUUUCUUUCUUUCCUCUUUUUUCUUUUUAAAGCAGUGUUAACUAUGCACUGUCAAAGUUUGCUGUCAACGAAGCCCUACCUGUUCUAAGUCUGUACUACAGAAAAGCCCUUUAAGAAAGGGUGAGACAACACAAUUUUUCUUGUCACUAAAAAAGCAGGCUUUCAGAGAGGGGAACUGAGAGAAAGGCAGAUCUUUAUUUCACUGAAAUAAGCUUGGAAUUUAGGAAACAUAAAGGUACCUCACAAAGAAGGUUUUAUCUGUUAACCACAAUCAACCUUGAUCGUACCAUAAAAGAGAAAGUGAGGUAUUUGCCGGAGCGGCUUAUACCCAUCAGAUAUGAUCUCUCUCUAUUGCUCCAAAGAAAGGAGAGUCACUGCAGUAAUCCACACCUUUCUUGAAAUCUGUGGCAUAGCCAUGCUGUACAGGGGAUGGACACAGUAAGGGUAGCUUCAGGGGAAAAACAAUAAAAAGAAGGUCAUGUUACUAAUGAACUCAAUUUGCAGCAGUUCAUAUUUUGGACUAGCUGGGCUCUGUAACAGUUGGCUGCUUGCUGCUUCUGCUUGACUCCUUGGGAGCUGCUCGUGUAGUACCUCUUUUAAGCUCCCGCUGUCCUGAUCUAAAUUAGUUUGGGUUUAUGUAUUCUGGGAAUAGUUGUGCUUAAUGUUUCUUGCCUGGAACAAACAUCAACAAUCACCUGUAAAUAUAUUCUGUAGCUGACAUUUUGAAGUCACAGUGGGCAAACAGGUAUUUUUGAAUGUCAGGGUAUACAUAUGCAUUUUUAUUGAUUCGGCAUUAUAGAGCACUUUUUCAUGACAUCUGCAGAAAAGAACUCAAAGUCUCAGUGCGUUCAUGUCCAACCGUUAUUCCUGCCUCUCCUCCCAUGGAUGAUAUCUAUAAAACAAAACAAAAUCCUUACUGUCUGAGUGCUUCUUGAAAGUAUCUCAAUAUUAGUCAGCUACUUACACUACUCCGCUACUUACGGACUUGGAGAAAACUCCUCAGAGUUGUCUGAUGCACUUGCAAUUGCCUAGGUAAAGGAAAAUGGUUAACCUAAACCAGGUUAGGUCCCAAAUGAUUACAGAAGAAAAAGCACUUCAGCACAGAAAGUGGAGUCUAUAACUAAUGAGAAGUCUUUCAUGACUGCCCUAAGAGCACAAGAGGUGGCUGUAGCCCACUAGUCCAUGGCCCCUGCUCAGCCUUGAGGCUGGUUGGGGGAUGCCAGCUUCACUGCUGUGCAUACUCCCCAAUGUAUGUGUGGAGGGCACAUGUACACAUGAAGUUAGUGGUGAGGUACACAUCUAAUACUGAAGGGCAUGUCCUCAUGGGGCUGGUGAGCAGCUGUGUUUGAGUUCUGUUGACUUCCCCACCAUUCUUCACCUUCUUGCAAAUGAUUUGUGUUGGAUCCUUUUUUCUGGGGUGAUUUGUUCAGUGUAUGUGCUCAGCCAUUUUGAUUACUGCACUCAUUUGUGGAGCCAUUGUACAGGAAAGACCAAAACUCGUUUACAGAUGUUCUACUCAUUUCUGAGCCUGGAUAUAGUUACUGCAUACUUAAAAUUCCCUGUUACCUCUUUGAGAGACAUGUGCAUAAAGACAUUGUGCUAGAAUCAAUACUGUUCACACUCGAUAUAAACAUUUAAGGAAUCUACGGUAUGAAAUUGUUAACUUUUAAUGUUUGUUUGCUAAUUUAUAUUGGAAAAUCUCUGAUCAAUGUGCUAUACAAAAUAAUCGGAGGACCAAGGUUUCCAGCUACUCAUACUGCCUUUUUGAGUAUCUUACUGUAUCUUGAUUGGAUGCUAUUCUUUCGUUGUCUGAGAUUGUUCUGGUGAUUGUAUUGAUAUAUCUUAUUUUAAACUAUGUGGCAAGGAAGAUUGUAAUAAAAGCAACUACAUUUAAUAUACUGUACACACAAAUUGUUAGAUCCUAUUUUUGGAUAUGUUAAUCAUUUCAGAAUUAAACAAAUCAAGAACAGUUUGAUAGUCUUACUGAAUAAGUGGAUGUAAUUAAAGGUUUAAUUAGAUAUAUCCUGGUAUAGAGAACGGAUAGUUAAUGAAAGAAGGUACCUUUGUGCUCCGCAGUCAUCUCAGUGCAAGGAAAUAGGUCUCUAGAGGAGAAUAACAUCCUUGUCUUCUUAGAUUUUCUCCUGUGAAGUUUCAUGGGAAGACAACUGCUGACACCUGCAGCACUGCUCUUGUAUGCCUUGUACUUGCAUGUGCAGGACCUCCCCAUGAUGUGCUCCUUAUUUCUGCAAAGAAGGUGAGAAAAGAGGCCUGAAGUAAGGAUCACAGUUCAUUUUCAGCUCUGUUUCUUGUGCGGCACUUAGCUGAACACCCCUUCACACAGAGUAAGUUUUAUCUUACAGCAGAGCAUACAAGACUAUACAGUUGGAAACAAUUGUUUCUGCCUCUCAGAACAAGUGCUUCUGUCAGCACUCUACAUUGUGUAUGCUGUGCCAGUUUGCAGGAGGAGGAGAGCAGGUAUCCAAUUUAAGGAGAGCAGUGGUUAUUGGAGAAGAUUCUUUUACUGGCUGGAGAAGUUUGGCUUAUAUCACAGACAGCCACUAACUGUCUUUGCCCACUAGAAGUUGAGACACAAAUGUUACAGAUUUUGGUCACUGAAUCCAAAGUAUUUCUCCAUAAACUGAAAAAAAUAACCCAUUCUUUUAUAUCACAAUUCAUCCUUGAUUAGGCAUUCAGCUAUUAGAGUUCCAAGCGAAAUUACUUGGAGGAUAGCUGUCCUUUUAGAAAGAUGUGCUUUUGAUGAUUGAAAGCCUGCUGCUGAGCAGUUUUGUAGCCUGCUGGCAUUCUAAACAUAUCAAUUAAAUACAUGUAAGCCAUGGGAAGUAAGCUUUUUGACAUGUUCAAUCACAAGCCUGAAAACUGUAUGCAGGAGCAGACUGAAGAUAAAUCUACAAGGCUCAAUCAGAAACUUGGAGUGAUCCCUAAACUGCCAGGAAGGGCGCUGAGUGCAGGAUGCUAGGUAGCUGCUGUGUCCGUACACACCUUUAUAGGAGAGCCCAAGCCAGUUUUCUCAUUUUCCAGGAAGGAAAAGGAUGUGGCUUAGUUUUCAGCAGCCUAGGAAUGCUCCCGUCAGCUUUACUGAGACCGGUACCAGGUGACAGCCUCGAAACCACCAGCCAACCGUGUGGUGCUUGCUGCUCCAGCAACAGCAGUUCUCGAGGCAAAUGGGAUGCUCCCAAGUAUGUUCCUAAAUUAGCGUUCCCGAGUUAGUGCCUCGACAAUGCAAAUAAAAGUAAUAAAUACACCUUUUGCAGAGCAGUGAAUAAGGCAGCACGUUACUAAGACGGAGAAUACCAGCAAUAUGAGAAGGCUGAGCCAUAUGUUACCACUGAAAUCAUGUGUAUUCCUUACCUAUUGCCCUUGUGGUUGCAUUGCUAUUUAGAAAAAUCGGUGUGUAGAGGAGUGUAAUACGUGUAUUCUGUGUGUCUGUAUGCGUGUGUGUAUGUUGAGGCUUUAUUUGCAAUGUGGUGGGGGUGGGAAAUAAAAUUUGGGGGCUGGCUGUGCAGGCCUUCAGGAUGUACGUAGAAAGUCUUAAAGAAUUCUAUUUUUAUAGACUGUGAUGAAGCUUUGGGUCCCAGCCACACCUAGGCUUUUCUUCUUGAAAAGUAAGAUGGUAUGGAAGUAGUCAGGUGGCUGUAAUAAAAGUAGGGACGGUACAACCCCACCAGCCCUGGACAAACUAAAAGAACUUAAAUAAAAGAUGCCUUUUUAAGUAAUAUUUUUUUAGUGCUGAAUUGUUAAACAAAUAAAUAUUUAUGAGCAAACUUUCUGUG